AAUGCACACUUAAAACAACUUUAUCUAUAAUUAAUAAGGGUAUAUGUAUCCUUAAUAAUACAUGUACCCACAUCCACCUCCAAAUUAUGUUUUCCCUCAAUAAAUUUAACCUGCUUAAUUUUAUUAUAUGAAUCCAUAGAAUCCAGCUAUGUAUUAAUAUAAUAUUGGAUAAUAAUAAUAAUAAUAAUAAUAACAAUAAUAAUAAUAAUAAUAGUAGAGAAUUAAAUGUAAUCAACCUAAAACAAAAGAAUAAGAUAUCAAAUAAUAGAAGUAAUAAGUAGUUAAAUAACAAAAUAAUCCAAUCAUGUAAUAAUAGAUGGAAAUGCAAAAGACAAACAUAAAAAUAUUAUCAGAAUAAUAGAUUAGAGAUUAGGUAGGCUCUAUUACAAAACAAGGUUUUUGCCAUUAUUGCAAUAAAAAUGGGAAAAUGUGUUAUUAUUGUUUCAGUAAUUAUAAAUCAACAGAUUGCAGACAUGGAUUUUGCUUUGAUUGUUUAAUGUUUAAAUUUAAAGUAAAAGUUGAAUAUAAUCAAUUAGAUCAACCCAAUAAAGAUAUUACUUAGACCUGAUUGGAGUUGUCCUAUUAAAAGUAAAUAAUGUAUGUGUAGUCGAUGCUCAAAUAUAAAUCAUAUGGAUUCCGAUUAAUUUAUUUCCAAUGACUCAGUGGAGAGUUGCAAUAAAUAUGCACAUAUAAUAGAGAACACUAAGAAGAUUAAGAAACAAUAUUCGAAAAAGAAGAAUAUAAUCAGAGAAAUGUUUUAAGUGAAGUUUUAACAAUUAGAUCCAAAAAAGAAGAAAUAAUAAUAGGUAUAUCAUAGGAAUUAAGGUAGUCAAUGAAGAAGACUUUAUUACUUAAUAAGAUUAAGAAACAAAUGUAAUUCUCUUAGGAAUGCAUUUUGAAAUUGAAAUAAAAGCAUAGCCAAAACGAUGAAUAAAUAUUGCAUCAGGUUGUCAGAUAUAAUUUUGGUUCCUUGAUCGAUUUAUUUAAAGAAUAUAAAUAGGCUUGA